AUACCACAAUAUUACACUUCAUCCCUGACAAGAUUCGCGUCAUCGAUUUCGGCGAGAGCUAAGAUAUGACUGCUCCGGUUGCGGACUUGGGUAUACCACAGGCUUAUUGCUCUCCCGAGUACACUUUAGAAGGCAAAGUCGGUCUUGGGUGUGACUUGUGGGCCCUCGGCUGUACGUUAUUCGAGAUUCGCACGGGGACGAAGCUGUUUGACACGUACGACGGCGAACCCGACGAACACUUGUGGAAAAUGGCCAUGGUUCUCGGCAAGUUUCCAGAGCCCUGGUGGUCCGAAACUUGGAAGGCACGUAGGGAUUACUUCGAGGACAAGGCAGAUGCGGGAAAUCGAGUAAUAGAGGUACGCAGAGGUUCUAACGAGAGGAGCCCAGGUCCCGGCGCUAUAGGUGCAGUGGUUAUGCAAAAGCCACAACCAAGGCCACUACAAGAGACGCUUGCAGAAGGCCUAUUCUACGAGAAUAGUCACGGCCCGGGGGGGAUUCAGCGAGAUAUUCCUCAGGGGGAAAUCGAAAUCUUUUCGGACCUUCUCUCAAAAUUACUAACGUAUACCCCUGAUAACCGCUCUACAGCCAGCUGCAUACUAAACCAUGCUUGGUUUAAACCUGGGGUUUAAGAUACUUGGGCUUUCAAGAUUUUCUACUGUCGCUUAGUUUCAAUUAGAAGGUGUUAGGGCUAGAAGCAGUCGUCCUAAGACCAAGUUGUGGCAUUACCCAAGCCGUGUAGAUAGAAAACCGGCUCUUGAUUCCAGCACAAGGCUGUA